UUUUUACCAACAUCUCAAAUUCGGUCAUAGCAUUAGCACUAGCAUUCCAUUUACUUUUCUCGGAUCAACUGUUCCCAAAGUUUUUCCGAUUUCUUGUUAAAUCCUUCUCUUGCACUUUACUCUUAUCUCCCGUGCUCAUGAACCAAGACUUCAGUUCUGCUUUGAAAAGAAAUUCAGGUUGCACAUCAAGCUGCUGACACAGUGGCAUGUCAGCUGAUCAGUGAUCCAUUGCACGGUACUCUCCAAGAUGCUGUCUUUGUUUGACACUGGAAACGGACCAAAGAAUGGUUCACAAAGCUGAUUUAGUUAUCAUUGGAAUAUCAGUUGGUCUUGCUUUUGGUGUUCUUAUUGCAUCUCUGGUGUUUUUUGGUGUUUGCUGGUACAAAAGACGUGCUAAUUUUCGGCGUUGUGCAAAUGAGCGCUCUGUAGCUACUCUUCCUAUCCGUACAAAUGGAGUUGGGACAAGCAUUGACAAUAGUGCAUCUCUCUCAACUUCUGUAGUCGUUAAGGAAUCGGAGCAUAAUUCAAAAAAUUUGCAGCAUUCUUGGUGGAAUCACCACAGUAAAGAUAGAUUUGCUUCUCCAUCUGGCAUACCAACAUACUCUUACAAGGACAUCCAAAGAGCAACACAGAACUUCACUACUAUCCUGGGCCAAGGAUCAUUUGGUCCAGUCUAUAAAGCUGUAAUGCCUGCAGGUGAAGUGGUUGCUGUGAAGGUUCUUGCUUCCAAUUCCAAACAAGGGGAAAAGGAGUUCCAUACAGAGGUUUCUGUUCUGGCUAGGCUGCACCACCGAAAUUUGGUUAAUUUGGUCGGAUAUUGUGUGGAUAAAGGACAACGCAUUCUAGUUUACGAAUUCAUGAGUAAUGGAAGCUUGGCCAACCUUCUAUACAAUGAAGGUGGACAAGCUUUGAGUUGGGAAGAAAGGCUGCAAAUUGCACUUGACAUAUCACAUGGGAUUGAAUAUCUUCAUGAUGGGGCGGUUCCACCCGUGAUACAUCGAGACCUAAAAUCUGCUAAUAUAUUGUUGGAUCAUUCAAUGAGAGCUAAGGUUGCUGAUUUUGGGUUAUCGAAGGAAGAGGUUUUUGAUGGUCGUAAUUCAGGCCUUAAAGGUACAUAUGGGUACAUAGAUCCCGUGUACAUAGCCACAAACAAGUUCACAAUGAAGAGUGACAUCUACAGUUUUGGAGUUAUCCUUUUUGAACUAAUCACAGCUAUUCACCCGCACCAGAAUCUAAUGGAAUACGUGAAUCUAGCUGCCAUGAGUCCUGAUGGAGUGGAUGAAAUACUUGACAAGAAAAUCAUCGGAACGUGUAACCCCGACGAUGCAAGGAGUUUAGCUAGUAUCGCUCAUAAGUGCCUGCGCAAGUCACCCAGAAAACGCCCCUCAAUUGGAGAGGUUUCACAGGCAAUUUUGAGGAUAAAGCAGAGACGUUUGGUUAAAGAAGACACCAUGUCUUUUGCAGGAGAAGAGUUUUCAAGAAUGGCGAGUCAUAUCGAACAGCAGCAAUUGGAGUUGACAAAUAUGGGCACUUUUAAGUGAAAAAGUUUUAACUCAAUGAGUGCACAUUUUGAUAACUGUUCUUUUCGCCUUCAUAUACGAAUUGCGCCCAAGUAAAUAAAUCGAGGAAAUUUACACCCGCAAA